AUGGGUUACUACUCCUCAUCCGACUCCGACGACUACGCGACGACCGCGCACGUAGGGCUACUCUACACCGACUCAUCCAACAACGACGCGUUCAGCGUCUACGACGUGCAGUGUGUCGCCCGCGACUACGGGUACACGCAAUGCCAGCACGGGCGCGGCGAGGGCGUCCUCGACUUUCGCCGCGCGGACGCCAACGGCGACUCCGAGAUCGUCCGCGUCUGGUACCGCACCGGCACCGUCGGCACGUACAUCAAGCACCCCAGGGCGCAACAACGCACGCAGCUCUUCCGCCGAGACAACACCCAGAUCUCGGAGCUUCACGACAUCUUCAACAACCCGCGCGUGCACACCGGCUGCGGGUACCACAGGCGCGGCGACCAGAACACGCCGUACCAGCGGCGCGGCGACCGGAACACCCCGUGCCCUUCGUGCGGCAGAAUGCACCGCGGCAUGCUCGGCGCGGUUCAGCACUUCGAGAGCGGGAGCUGCCCGAACUGCCCGAACCGCGAAGACGCGUGCCGCGCGGUGCACGGACUCGUCAACCAGGUCGGGUCGCACAUGGUGGUUCAGCAGAUCGGGUGGGACAGCGUGCACACAACGUCGUUCGAUCCAAACGGGUUGAACUACCGGUGCCCGUGCUGCGGUAGGCAGACGCGGACGAUGCAGGCGCUCAUGCAGCACAUGAACGCGAGGCCGGAGUGCAGGUCGGGGGCGUCCGGCAUCGCGCCGAGCCUGGCGCAGCUCGCGUACUGA